AUACCGCUACUAUAAAAGCCUUGAUCGUACGACUUACUGGUUCAACUCGUCGAGCCCUUCGAGAUCCUACUACCGCGUCCCAGCAUCCACGUUUUGUUAAAUCUGUGACGGAGCUUCGGUUUAAACCACGUGUACUUCGCUUUUCAAUCAAGGCAUUCCAUAUGGCGAUCGUUUCGAGGAAAGAAUUUGUUCUCCGGGGCUUCGUAAUCCUCUGUUUGUCGAGUUGUGUCUCAGGCUCUUGCUUAAGCUAUGGGCAUGCCUGCUGGGGCGCUCACGGAAAACGCAGUGAAGUAAAUCUAACUCCGUCGAAAGGAAUGAUUAUUAUGCAAGAAGCUGCAGCUCCUUCGAAUAAUGAACGGACACUAUCUCGUAUAAUUGAUCAACUGUCCCACAAAUUUAAAGGAGAAUCGGAUAAACUAUACAAAAUUAAUUUCCUGUCCGAUCUGAUCAAUGCUGGACUUACAACUGACGGCGAAACCACUUCAUAUCAGAAUAUUAAGGAGGGGACUUAUAAUGGAAAAAGUAAGCAAGCUAGCCAGAUUAUGGCAGGAAUCGUCGCCGACGAUAGAGAGGAAAUUCCAGAUAUACCACCGAUAACAAUCAACAACGAAUACAAACAGCCCGACAAUAAAAUAGGGAUUGCCUUGCUGAGAUACCUGGCGCAUCGACCAAACGUUUAAUUUAAUUCUUAAAAACUUAUUCUCACAGCAGAAAUAACUGGUUUUGUCUUUAUUUUAAGAAUGACAUGCGAAACAAGAAUUGUAGUGAAAAGAAAGUAGGAACUGUGUUAUACGUGUACAUGACAGUGCAAGUGGUAUGAGUUUCAGUUUAAAAACAAAUUAAAUUAAUAUUUUUGUGAUUAUAGCACGAUGGACUUCAUGCAGUAAAUAUCUUUUUAUGUUUCUCACAAUAAUCAUAUAUUUCGUCCUGAUUAGAGACAUCAACAUUCAAUGAAAAUGAUUUCAAAUCUCUACAGAAAAUAUCACUUGCACUCACGUGUACCUUGCAUACUAGAGGUGGAGAGCUAUUGAUAAUCACUACCAUCGAUAAUUUCCGAUAUUUUCAUAUUCUACUAUCGAAUCUAUCGAAUCUAUCGAAAACUAUCGAAAAGGAGGGAAAAAUAAAAUCACCGUUCAUACAAUAUCGAUAAUUUUUCCAAGCUACUACGAAUACCUAUAAUGUCUUUUUUUUACUUCUAAAUUGAUUGAUUUUAAUAGCACAGUGGGGAACUUGGCACCACAUAUUAUAUGUGACGCUUUAUCAAAAUAGUUUAGACAUAUGAUUGUCAUUUAAUAUUAAAAUGAUGAUGUCCACCGUUAGUGGUGCAGAUGCCUUUUGUAAAUUUAAUAAUGUCUGAUUCAAACUAUUUUUAGUUUCUAGUACAGUCUAGUUUCUAGUCAUGUACAGCAUACUAUUCCAGCGAAUUGGCAUGUUAACUUGCUUAAAUAAUUCAUAAAAAUACGGAAUUUAAAAGAAUAAUGACCAACCAAAGCGUCCAAUAUGUGUCGAAGAAACGUUUUAAGUUCAGAACAAAGAAUAAUGCAGAAUCAGGAUUGACGUUGCCACUGUUGCUAACUUGAAAUUUGCUCGUUCUAUCAAAAUGACGAAACUAUUGAUAGUUCCGAAAACUAUCGAUACUUAUGAGCCUUCCGUCACUGGGCCUGUCCAGUACGGAGAAACGGUUUAAAUAAAUAAAUAAAUAAAUAGUUCUCCACCUCUAAUACAUACACUCCCAUACAUAAGUCACCGGACAUAUUAAAACAUGAAUAUAAUUCUCUAGCUCGAUUUUAUUGUUCAAUUUUGUUACAUUUAGCUGUUUCACGAUAAUAUUGGGAUGUAAAAUUAGAAAUAAACAUAUAUUAUUUGAAUAAACGUUUAAAAAAUGAACAUUCAUUUAAUAAAGCUUCUAUUCGGUAUAUUUCAGAACAUCUUGUUUCCUUUUAACGUUCAAAACUAUCAAAAAAAACAUCUGGUACAUUACGAAAAGUAAUAUUACAAUGUUUAUAAACAUUUUAAGAGUAAUUCUAUAUAGACUAAAGAAGACAUAAGCAUGACAUUUCAAUAAAAUUUGAUUUAAAUGUUAUUUACGUUAUAGAUAAAUAAUUAAUACGUACUACUUUUUAUUCGAAAAUGUGUCUUCUCGUAAUAAAAAAUCGUUCACAUGCAAAUUUUUUUAAAUGUCUGGCCACUUACAGUCGGAGGCGUAUGUAUAUGUGUAUAACUAUAACUAUGUAUUUUAUGUUUAACGUAACUGAGCAAGCAGUUAGAAACACAGAACAAGUACCAAAGCAUUUA